AUGCCUGUGGUUAAGGUGGAGAAAGAAUCUCUGUCAAAUGACCCUCAAACAGCUCUUCCAGCAACUGACCCUCAGACAGCCGACCCCCCCAGAGGUCGUAGGAGGAAGAGGCCCUUGCAGAGGGGCAAACCUCCUUACAGCUACAUCGCCCUCAUCUCCAUGGCUAUCGCAAAUUCCCCAGACCGCAAGCUGACCCUGGGCGGCAUCUACAAGUUCAUCACAGAGCGGUUCCCCUUCUACCGGGACAACUCCAAGAAGUGGCAGAACUCCAUCCGCCACAACUUGACGCUCAACGACUGCUUCGUGAAGAUACCUCGGGAACCUGGGAGGCCGGGAAAAGGCAACUACUGGGCUCUAGACCCCAAUGCAGAGGACAUGUUUGAGAGUGGAAGCUUCCUAAGACGCCGCAAGCGGUUCAAGCGCUGCGAUUUCACCACUUAUUCCUCCUACGUUCAUGACUCACCUGUAUUUUCGCAAGUCCAGAUAACUUGUCCCACUUACGCCGGGUCCAUCUACCCAAGCAAUCCAUAUGGGGCGCAGCUUUCCUCACCCUACUAUCCUCCUUCUUCUUGCACCUUCGGCUCAGCCCAGUCCAGGGUCUUCAGCAUCAACACCCUCAUUGGAUCCCAUGGUGGUCUGGCCCAAAGUCCAGAGAUUCAGAGUCAACAGUCUUGCCGAAGUUUCAGCCCCAACGAUGGCAGUCCAGGGUUCCAAGUCCAGCCGUGCAAUGGAUCCGCGGUGCUUUCACGCCGGUCCACUUCCUCAGGUCACACAGGGUUCACGUACCCUAAUCCUGGGUCACACGGAUACACCCAAGCUCAGGGACCAUAUGCCCAGAGCAGUGGCCAAGGGUACGCUCCCACUGGACGACUAGGGGUCACCGGGUCACCCCCAAUGGCUGGAGAUGCGGUCAGUGACCCAUAUGGUAGAGCAUCCCCUGGACAGCUUGGAUCUUUUGGCCAAUACAACAACACCUGCAUGUCAGGCAGCUCGGGAGGAUACCUUAGACACCCGACUUAUCCACCUAGCAUGGACAGGUUUGUGUCUGCAAUUUAAAAUCAUGCUGAACUGUGAAGUUGCUAAUAAAACACUGCUGCCUGUGAUGGUACCAUGAUGCCCCAUGUGGUUAAGAAAUUAUUAAAAGGACAUUCAACAUGGUUAUUCAUGUGAAACAAUGGACAAUAAUGACCAUUCCUGAGGUGAUGAAAAUAAAUAUUUUGCUGCACGUGGUAAAGCCCUGCAUGUGUGAAUAACGCAGUCUAAAGAAUUAUUUAACAUCCUUCUGCACCACAAAAUGUUACUUUUGUCAGAUAAUGAAAAUCAAUGGACUUCUUUCUUUAACUGUAGGUAAAUAAUUACUUAAGCACAUUUUGCAGCAUGGUUA